UGUUUAGUAUUAGUUACUACCUAGCAAAUGAGCAAGCGCAAUUUGAAAGAGAAAAAAUUAAUUUAACCUGUGACAACUGCAAGUGCGUAUGUGCAUAGUUGGAAAUUUUUAUAUAACGGAGAGUGACAAAAGCAAAAAAAAUCAAUUGACUGCGCAACGAAAAUCGAUUUAAGUUUUUUGUACGGCGGGCAGGAGGCGCUGCUGCAGGCAGCUGCUAUCUAACGGAACAGGUUAAAUUAAAUUAAAUGUAUAAUUGUGCAAUAAAUUUCGUGUCACCCGCACACGACGUACGCAAAAUGCAAAAGGUUUGGCAGCUGGAACGUUGGAAAGUUUCGACAACGUUGCUCCUUCUUGUGCUGAUUUGCCUGGGCAACAGUGGCUGCAAUGCAGCGGAUACGGACAUAACGUUGGAUGCCAAGGCAACACUUAAUCAUCGCAUACAAAGCUUGGAUUUGCUGGUAUUUGUGUUCCUGCUAGCGCUAACGGUAUUAACCAUAUGGUUGUUUAAACAUCAUCGUGUCUCCUGGUUGCAUGAAACAGGACUCGCUGUCAUUUAUGGCUUAAUAGUGGGCGCCAUUAUACGCUAUGCAGGCACUAAUACCACCUUGGUGCACAUGCAGGUGGAGACCCAGGGUGUGCCCAUCUAUAAUGACAAAUUGCCGCCAGAUACACUGUGGUUUAAGUAUCCAGUUAAUCAGACGAAUGCAACAAAACCGCCCGAGGGCGUGAAGACCUAUGCAUAUGUAUUUCGGGGUCAAGUCUAUGAUAUAGAAGAGAAUGAAAUUGAUUUAAAGGCUACUUUCGAUCCCGAAGUGUUUUUCAAUAUAAUACUACCGCCUAUCAUAUUCUAUGCAGGCUAUAGCUUAAAAAAGAAAUAUUUCUUUCGCAAUUUGGGCGCAAUUCUAACGUUUGCCAUUGUGGGCACCACUUUGUCGGCCUUCCUAAUCGGUGGUCUUAUGUACGGUUGUGUAAAAUUGAUGCCAAAAUAUUUGAGCAGCAGUUUUACAUUCCUGGACACGCUGUAUUUUGGUGCCUUAAUCUCACCUACGGAUCCGCUUACAAUAUUGGCCAUAUUUAAUGAUUUACGUGUGGAUGUAAAUCUCUAUGCGCUAGUGCUAGGCGAAUCUGUGUUGAAUGAUGCAGUGGCCAUAGUGCUGAGUGGUGCCAUACAAAACUACGGUGAACAUUAUUCCAAUUCGGGCGAGUUUGAAACAUCAGCUUUUCUACGUUCAUUGGGCGACUUUUUCUCCAUAUUUUUGCUAUCGCUGAUGAUUGGUGCUGUCAUGGGCUGUUUUACAGCAUUGUUGACCAAGUUUACGCGCGUGCGUGACUUUCCUUUAUUAGAAUCGGCGCUCUUUGUGCUUAUGAGCUAUAGCACCUUCCUGCUGGCAGAGGCUACUGAGCUUACGGGCGUUGUUGCUGUUCUAUUUUGCGGCAUUUGUCAGGCGCACUAUACGUACAAUAAUCUCUCGGAGGAUUCCCGUCAGCGCACUAAACAAAUCUUUGAGCUUCUCAACUUUUUGGCGGAGAACUUUAUAUUUUCCUACAUAGGCGUUUCGAUGUUUACCUUUCCCAAGCAUCAUUUCGAUGCGGGUUUUAUUAUAACAGCUUUUAUCUGCGCUGCCUUGGGACGUGCCGUUAAUGUCUAUCCUUUGUCCUGGCUUUUGAAUAUCAAACGCAAGCCCAAGAUUUCCACAAACUUCCAGCAUAUGCUCUUCUUUGCCGGCUUACGUGGCGCCAUGUCAUUUGCCUUGGCCAUACGCAAUACCGUUUCGGAUGCACGUCAGACCAUGUUGACGGCCACCUCAUUGAUUGUCAUCUUUACGGUUAUUAUUCAAGGCGGCGCAGCCAACUUUUUGCUUAAUUGGCUCAAAAUUCCCGUUGGCGUGGACGAUGAGACUGAACAGUUGAAUAACUAUCAAGUGCAUAGUGUAUACAAUUCCAUGGAUAAUUCACAUUCGGUGCCGUCUGAUGGUUAUUUGCAGGACGUGGAAGGUGGUGGCAGCGGCGGACGUGGAAAGCUGCGUAUAAAUAGCGGUGGUGAAACUAAUUUGGAUACACCUAUAGAUGGCCCCAGCGGCCGUAGACGAAAUAGCCAUGAGAAGGCUAUACUAGCUAGAAUUUGGGGCAACUUUGAUACAAAAUAUAUGAAGCCCUUGCUGACACAUUCACGUCCUACGCUACUGGAAACUUUGCCUGUUUGCUGCAAUCCCAUAGCACGUCUGUUGACAACCACACAACAGCUAACGCAGGAUGGCAGCGAAUUUCGACGCGUUGAUUCCGAUUCGGAUAUAUGCAUUGAUAAUGACACUGGAGGCAAUGGACUCAGUCCGGAUGCCUUAGCCGGCACGCGUCGCAAUUCAAUAAAUCGCCUGGAAAUUCUGGAGCAUGUUCAAAGUCCUGUAUCAACGCGAAUCAGACUCUUAGGAUUUUAUGGCAAAAAAUUAUAGUAUUUGUAGCAUUAG